AUGAGCAGUGCUAGUCAACCGGGGUCGAGCCACUUGUCGGCGCAUAAUGAACCCAACUAUCCGCAGAGCCCGUUGUCUUGGGAAGGUGACCGAAUGUUUAAUAUUUACAUCUACGAUUACUGCUUCAAACGGGGAUUUCGGAAAACAGCCCGCGAACUACUUCUAGAGGCUGACUUACCACCAGAAUCCCAGCCGCCGAUAAACGCUAGGCAAGGCCUCUUAUUCGAGUGCGUCCUUCGCCUUUGA